CCGAUGUAGGCGCCGCGCGGGCGCCGCGGCCUCUAUAAGCGCGGCCGCGGGGCGGGCGCGGAGCAGCUGCGCCGCUGACCCCUGCCGGUCCCUCCCGGUCCGCUCCGUCCCGCCCCGUCCCGCCCCGUCCCGCCGGGAGCAUGUACCAGAGUUCCGCGCGCUGCCUCUGCUCGGCCCUUCCCGCUCUCUGCUGCGCUCCCGCCGCCGCCUCGGCCUCCCGCCUGCCGCGGCCCCGCUCCCAGCCGCCGCCGCCGCCCGGCCCAGCCGCCCCGCGGGCAGCAGCGGGCGGCCCGCCCGCCGCGGGAACGCCGCCCCGCACAGUGUGUUCCAUGGGAAACAGCACCAGCCGGCUCUACAGCGUGCUCGCCAAGACCCUGAGCAGUGGCGCCGUGUCCCAGCACCAGGACUGCCUGGAGCAGCUGGACUCGGCACAGCUGGAUCCUAUAGACCCCAAGGAUUUGCUGGAGGAAUGCCAGAUUGUUCUGCAGAAGCGGCCGCCCCGCUUUCAGAGGAACUUUGUGAACCUGAGGAAAAACAGUGCCAGUAACCACCGCCCCAUCCGGGUCAUGCAGUGGAACAUCCUGGCCCAAGCUCUCGGCGAAGGCAAGGACAACUUCAUUCAGUGCCCCAUGGAAGCUCUGAAAUGGGAGGAGAGGAAGUGCCUCAUCCUGGAGGAGAUCCUGGCCUACAAGCCCGACAUCCUGUGCCUUCAGGAGGUGGACCACUACUUCGACACCUUCGAGCCGCUCCUCAGCCGCCUGGGCUACCAGUGCACCUUCUUCCCGAAGCCGUGGUCGCCGUGCCUGGACGUGGAGCGCAACAACGGCCCCGACGGCUGCGCGCUGUUCUUCCGCAGGGAGCGCUUCCAGCUGCUCAGCACGGCCAACAUCCGCCUCACCGCCAUGAAGCUCAAGACCAACCAGGUGGCCAUCGCGCAGACGCUCAAGUGCCGCGAGACCGGGCGGCUGCUCUGCAUCGCCGUCACGCACCUGAAGGCCCGCACGGGCUGGGAGAGGUUCCGCUCGGCGCAGGGCUGCGACCUGCUGCAGAACCUGAAGAGCAUCACGCAGGGAGCCGAGAUCCCGCUGAUCGUCUGCGGGGACUUCAACGCGGAGCCCAGCGAGGAGGUGUACAGGGAGUUCUGCAACUCCAGCCUCAACCUGAACAGUGCGUACAAGCUGCUGAGCCCCGACGGGCAGUCGGAGCCGCCCUACACCUCCUGGAAGAUCCGGCCCUCCGGGGAGUGCCGGCACACGCUGGAUUACAUCUGGUACUCCCAGCACGCCCUGAACGUGAACUCGGCCCUGGGCCUGCUGACUGAGGAGCAGAUCGGGCCCAACAGGCUGCCCUCCUUCAAUUACCCCUCCGAUCACCUGUCCCUGGUGUGUGACUUCAGUUUUAAUCAGGACCCUGACAGGCUGCUGUAACGUCUUGGAGUGCCACCUGCUAUUGCAGUGUCUGAACUCACCAGCCUUUUGUUUUAGAGAAAACCUUUGAAGCUAGAUGCUGUUGAAAGAUGAGGAAAUACUGUUGACUAACCAUUGUUUCAGGCACUUGUUUGGAGUUACACUUGCUGUUCAGUCCUCAUUAAUGUGCAGCCUUCGAGGGAGGAAGAAGGAAGCCAGUGUUCUCGUCAUGCUCUUCUUGCCAUGUCAGGGUUUGAAAACUAGAAGGCAAAUGAGCUUUAUCCUUUCACUAAGCCCCCUCCCUGUUUGAAGGAUUUAAUCCUCUAAUGAAUGUGGAGGCCUUAAUAUUUAAAUCAAAACACUUGUGUUUGUAAAACAACUUGCCCUGACAGCAUGCUAAUUUUAUUUAUUUCGUGUUAAACUUCUGCAAGUACCAAAGGGAGUGAGGUUUGACUACUCAGUGAGAUUAUCUUAACUCUUUUUCUGUUGCAAUAUGAAGAAAGUUUAAUGCAGUUUAGACAAAAAACUAAGCUCACAGAGUGUGGUCUUGUCAUUUUUCCAUGACCUUAGAUGACAAAUUCAUUAGAAGUGUGAGGAAGGCCCCCUGCAGUAAGAGCAGGUGAGGAAGCAGAGGCUGAGUGAACUAGAGUAACACCCUCACUGUUCCAGAACAAUGUGCAUGUGUCUGUCACACACACACUGCCUGUAGGCUCUACACUGACUGUACCUUCCUCUCCUCUGUGCUUCCCUUGGAGGACACAGAUAACCAGGGACUGUUUCUUCCUCUGCUUUGAGUAUUACUUUUCUAAAUGGUUUAAAUUUGUAGUCUUGUCAAUCUUGCUGUUUCAGUAAAGGGCCAGUCUUAACGUUGAAAGAUUUUCCUUUAUUUAUCCUCAGAAUCUAAAGCUACACUGGAACGUGUUGUAAGAUAAAAUUUAUUUAUUGGGAGAUUUGGUGAUCCUGCAUCUGAUGGGAAGUUGUACAGUGACAGUGUUCAGGAGCUUCUUCCUGUGAGCCAGGGCUACACCAGAGGUGUGUUAGCAUCACCUGUGAUGCUCACUGGUGACACAGGAAUUGCAUACAUGGAUUGUAAACGUGCCAUUAUGCCAGGAAAUGACAUAGGAA